UUCAAAAAUGUCGGAAGAAAAAUUUGUUCCACCAAAAGCACCGAGUGAUCUGUGUUUCAACGAAAUGGACUUUGUACAGGAAGUCUUUGACGUUGACAAGUUUCUUCAAGAGCACAGAAAAAAUGUCAGCCUGGAAAAAAUGCGAGACGAUCUUGGGGUUUACUUGAAGAUCCUGCGCUCUGCCAUGAUUGAACUUAUAAACGAAGAUUACGCUGAUUUUGUCAAUCUUUCCAGUAAUUUGAUAGGAUUGGACAAGUCUAUUAGUGAUUUAGAAACACCUCUAGGUCAGAUCAAAGACAAAGUAUUGGAAGUAAAAAAAUGUCUGGAUGAUACAAUAGCAGAGAUGACUGAGAAUUUAGAGAAGCACAAAAAGAUCAGGGAGAAAAGACAAAGUAUACAUAGUCUGAUAAGGUUUCACAAGUCGGUAUCAAAGUUAAGCAAUAUUCUCAGUUCCUGUGAUGCAUCGUCUGUUAGCUUAAAGCCCGAUGUUCUUGAGCGUGCAGCCACAGAAUUUAAUCAACUUAAAUUUCAUUCCAAUCGAUGUAAGUCAGAUCUUACCCAAGAGCAAUUGAAUAAAAUGACUGAAUUGGAUGAGCAUUUAAAAAAUAAUUUAAAUGCACUGCUCAUUGCCUAUGUAAAUAGAAAUGAAACUGCAAAUUUAAUUAGGUGUUUAAGGAUAUAUGUAAGUCUAGAUAAGGUACCAGAUGCGGAGGAGGUAGUUAGGAAAAAAAUUGUAGUGCCUGCUGUUGAAAAUAUCAUCAGCGAACAUAGUUUUCAAAAUGAUCCCUUAGGAUUAAAAGGAACUUAUCAAAAAUUAGAGAGUGUUUUGGAUAGUACAUUGAAAGAGUUGUUGGAUGCGACAUCAGAAAAUGAAAGGACAUCUGUAACAGGUUUUAAUUUUUUGGUCAACAGUUUCUGGCCUGAAAUUGAACAGAGGCUCGAAGAUUAUUUACCAAUGAUAUUUGCCCCAGGAAAUCCAGAAUCAUUUCACAAAGUAUGAUAUUUCAAAUAACUAGUU